AUGGUAAACCUUGAGGAUAUUCGGAUUAGAGAUAGCCAUCCAAAAUACCUCCAUACAGAGGGUCACCAAAGAUACGUAUCAGCUAAUGAUGAGCCAUUUGAAGACGAAGCAGAGCCCAUCGAGGAAGAGGAGCAGCAUGACGAGGAGUUCGGUGGAGUACCCACAGAUAGAUCACCUUACCUAGAUUCAUUUUCCCAUCAGGAUCUUGCAGAUACUAAAGAGGAGGACCUUGAGUUUGAGUCAUCCUUAGAGAUUGUUGCUCCACUACCCCCAUCCUCGAGCCAACCUUUCGGUUUUUAUGCUUUAGGACCCAACACUAUAAUCACCCAUACAAAGUUCAUUCCUAUUCCAUCACGUAUGAGAGCAGCCUCACUGACAUCAUCACCGAGAUCAUCAAAGAAGCCUUACCCCACCCAUAAAGACUCCAUAGUGGACGAGUGA